UACACCAGCCGCCACAUGCGGAGCCUGUUUGCACUGUUGUCCAAAAAGCACAAUAAGGUUCUGGAGCAGGCCACGCAGUCCCUGAGAGGUCCGAUGGGCUCAGAAGGCAACGCCGCACUUCCAGACUAUGCCCAGGAUUUGAAUGUAAUUGAGGAGGUGAUCCGAAUGAUGCUUGAGAUAAUCAAUUCCUGCCUGUCAAACUCAUUGCACCACAACCCCAACCUGGUCUACGCUCUGCUGUACAAGAGGGAGCUCUUCGAGCAGUUCCGGUCCCAUCCGUCAUUCCAGGACAUCAUGCAGAACCUCGACACGGUAAUUGGGUUCUUUAGCGCUCGUCUGGAGCAGGCCGGCUCAGAUCUGUCAGUGGAGCGGGUCCAGGAGGUCAUCAAAAAAGGCGCCGUGGCCCUGCCCAAAGACCGACUCAAAAAGUUUCCAGAGCUGAAGUUCAAGUACGUGGAAGAGGAUCAACCUGAAGACUUCUUCAUACCAUAUGUUUGGUCCCUGGUCUUCAAUUCGGGGGUGGGUCUCCACUGGACCCCCCAAGGCAUUGAGCUCUUCAGCAUGGAUUCCAGCUGACUUCGCUUGUGUGAAUAUAUGUAUGAGAGUACUGGAGGGGAUGGGGGGUACGGCUGGAUGUUUCUGGGGUUUAUAUUUCCGAGUAACGUGUAGCUAUGCCUGAAUGUGAGCAAAUACUUGGCUGUCUGUACGUGGCUUUGGAAGGUGCCUCUAGCUCCAGAAAGUGGAUCACAAGGGUUCAUGUUUCAUUUUUGGCUGCAUCAACCCAGAAUCAUUACUGCACACCGCUUUUCCUGGGCAGACUGAACAUCAGCCACACUUCUGCCGCACUGAGCGUCGGCACUGGUCCAUCUCGAUAGGGUG